AUGUCCAGAAGAAUAAAAUGCCCGGAUUGCAAACAACUUUGUGGAAAAGGAAAGGCGUCCGUUGUGGUCGUUCAAAGACUUGAAGUUUUGUACAGAAAACUUCUAAAAUGUGGUCCCCAAUCCCCAUUGAUUAAAUAUUUACCGAGAGACAUAUUUGAUGCCAUUAAAAGGAAAGCUACUAUGUACGACAUGAACCUAUUAGACUGUCUUCAGGCUGGAUUUCAACAUUAUGAAUAUGUAGAUCUAUAUGCCGCUGGUCCAGAUUGUUACAACACAGUCGCCAAAUUAAUUGAUAUGGUGUCAGAGCUCGAUUUUUUUUUGUGA